UUUGCGUCGCGCACCCUUUACCAGACUCGCUAAGUGCGUACGUAAUAGAAGGUUUGUUUAGAUGCAUUACCAGAGAUAUCCGUGCCUGGCUACCAUUUACUGCAGGUAACGUCUCUCUAUUAUUCCUUCCACACUCCCUCGACUUCACUCUAUAUCUGUUGCUUCACAUGCCCAUCCCACAUGCUCCCCUCCACACCACCCCACUCUUAUCUUUCUUUCUCCCUCCACAAUCUACCACUUCCAUUUUUACUCUGACACACACACCCUCCUUCCAAUCCAUAUCUGCUCCUUCCCUCUCCUCCCAAACUAUCUCCAGCACACCUGUCUCUCUUCAUACUUCUCACCACACCUGCUCCUUCAGACUUGCUGGGCCACAGAUUUCCCUCUGGAUCUUCCCCUUGCUUCUUCCUCGCCUCCCCUAGCCACCCGCUGCAGCCAGUCAUCGAGGAGGCCAUUGGGUCACUAGUCAACGGCUGAUGCGCGAGCAGGGUGGUGGUGGUGGUGGUGGUGGAGGUGGUGGUGGUGAUAGAGGUAAUAGUGGUGGAGGUGGUGGAGGCCGACCCUUGCUAGCCUGGCUGGCGUGGAGGUCGAGCGAGAAAGCAAGAGCCUCAGUGGUCUGGAAGUCGCGAGAGGAAGCACACGCCCGCUCCGGCUCCGCGCCUUCCCACGCGCCGGUCCAGCACACCUGUGGCCGCGCUACCUGUGGCUUUUUUCCCCUAAUUUAGAAUACGGAACAUUUUGAGAACCAGAGAACGAGAAAAAUAUUACUAAAAGGGAAACAAAAACUGACGUCACUCAUCUCACUUAAACCAAAAGAAAUUAUAGUAAUAAAAAAAGAAAGAAAGAGAACAUUAGAGAACUAUAUAACCCAAGUCACGUGCCCGCUAACUCUCCAUUGAAUCACAAGAACAAAAACCACUGUGGCCAUUGCAAGAGGAAUCGUUUGUGGUCCUUAGAAACACAGCACAGUAGAAGAUAUCGGAGAGGAACGUUUGUGGUUCUUAGAGACACAGCACAGUCAGAGGUGUAAGAGAGAAACGUUUGUGGCCCUUGGAAACUUUAGAAACACAGCAGUCAGAGGUGUAAAAGAUAAACGUUUGUGGCCUUUGGAAACUUUAGAAACACAACAGUCAAAAGGGUAAAAGAGAAACGUUUGUGGCCCUUGGAAACAUUAGUCAGAGGUGUCAGAGAAGAACGUUUGUGGUCCCCAGAGAGGUGUGGAGGGGAAAAUUUGAGUGUCGGUAGGGCAGUCAACAGCCUCAGCUACCACAGGUGAAUGAACGGCAGUAAAGGCAAUGUGAACGGUCAACGCCUCGUGCAGGAAGAGUCGAGAGGGACGAAAAAUGACCAAUAAACAUUGAUCACUCUGCAGCUGAGACGAGAAGCCGCUGUUUUCACAACGGGUGGUGUUGCAAGACUCCCGCAAACUGGACUGGGUCGAAGGAUUUCCAGGUCGUUAAUUACCUGCUGCCUGGCGGCCGCAAGACUUAGCAGGUCAGAUUAAUUGCAAGCGUCGGCGGCAGCUUCAGGCAAAGACGAUGAAGAUGAAAUCGCUUUUCGGGCCACAGCUCACAAGAAAUACCUAACGAGAAGUCUAUAUGAUUUAAGAGCAAGGGAAAGGAAGCGCCGCCUUCUGUGAUCUUGAAUUCUCUUAUACAAGGCCACGAAUAAGGAUCUUGAGUUGCUAUCCACUCACCUUCCCCUGCCUCGCCUCCACCCACGGGCCGCGCUCUGGAGGGGGAGUUGCAAUCGACGACUGGCCUUCCUUCCCUCUCUGUCUGCCUGGCGUUCACAGUGUGCGGACCACCACUCGCCGCCACGGAAGCUAAGCUCGGAAGAAAUGGAAUCGUUCCUCUUCGUCAGCCUUUUUCUGCCGUAACGUCAUUUGGCAUCACUUCGAAAGAGCCACGACCCCUCCUCUGCUCUACGGUGCCUCGAAGUGACCUGCCCCACGUCAGAGGAGCUUGUUCUUUUCUUCUCUUCUUUCGACGACGACGAAAGUGACAACCGAUCCCAGAGUUGGUGUUGCGAGUUGCUGUAGCGAUCAGUGCCGUGAUGGUUCACUCGUCAUGAGACCGGAAGUGUUAUUGUUUCCCUUGGGGUGUUGCACAGAAUAACCUUUUGUCCUCUCGCCCCCUGCCGGUAGCCAUGCAAGAAUCUACCUGCGUCCCUUCAUAGUGCGUCAUUUGCAUUAUAAAGAAUCAGAAAUUUUUGAGGCUAGCCUAGACAGCAACAAGCCAUAAUUCUACCAAAAUGGGGAAACUUUAGUUAUUUGGUGGUUCUCGCCGUGGAGUAGCGUGGCUGUAGUCCGUGUUUCUGUCAGAAAGACCCGCGUGGUGGCACUUUUAUCUCUACGCCUUCGUGUCUCCUGCCAACACUGGGCGACGCACCGGCGAGGUUCAAAGGCCACACCGAUUAAUCAUGGAAGAAUGGAAGGAGAAAGGAGUGGGCAGAUCGAAAGAAGUUGUGGACUCUGCCAGGAAGAUAUGGGCGAGGCGGUGAAGAGUGGACCCGAGGCGUCGUGAGGGUUGGAAGGGGUCGCCAUGGGCCCGCCCUCCUCUAUCGUGGCGGAGAUUGACACGACGCCCUUCAAAUCAGUGGACGACUCUUCCAAUGGCACCAAGGGCUUCAAGUACUCCUACGCCGUGUACCCGAAGUAUCUUCCGCCCCUGGACACUGCCCAUGCGUCCACGCCCAGGGGCCACGCCAGGGAAGUGGAGUAUGGUAUCGAGGAGGGCGGCAGUGGUGGCUUGAUCGAGUUCCGCGUGGCCACGACUGUCUCCUGGGACGCUGCUGUAUCCCGCUGGAGUGACGCGCCGCCCUGGAGCACCGCCUCGUCCUGGAACCUGAGUCUUGGAGAGCCGAACCACAACGUGACGCUGUACGAAGAAGGCGAGGGAGGCUCAGGGUGGUGGGCUGACGGAGCGGGGCGUGGGGCGGACGAGUGGAGUCCAGGACUGCUGGCCAUCACGGGACUCGCCCUCUACACGCUGGCUCUUUGUACCGCCGUCGGAAACGCUUUGGUGAUCCACGCCAUUAGAACGGAGAAGAGACUGCAGACGGUCUCCAAUUUGUUCAUCAUGAGUCUGGCCGCCGCAGAUCUCACCGUGGGAGUCAUCGUGAUGCCCAUCAGCGCCGCUUACGCCAUGAUGGGUGAGUGGCGCCUGGGCCUGGCGGUGUGUCAGUUCUGGCUGGCCGCAGACUACACUGCCUCCACCGCCUCUAUCUUCAACUUGGUGAUCCUGUCCCUGGACCGCUACUGGUCCAUCACGGCGCCGCUGCGAUACUUGCGACGACGGACUCGGCGGCGAGCCUGGGUCAUGAUUGGCGCUUCGUGGACCGCGGCGACGGCCUGGCUGGUGCCGGUGUUGGCGUGGCACCACCUGGCUCUCGGCGGCGUGAGGCACCACCCACCACACGUGUGCGAGACUGAGUUUUCCAACAGUGCCGCCUUCAAAGCCGUAACUGCGGCGCUCAACUUCUACCUGCCCACGGCGCUCAUGCUGUACCUCUACUGCCGCAUCUUCCGCGAGGUGCAGACCCGCCAGGCGCUGGGCCGUCCCUUCACCACCCACGACAUUCCCACGGACUCCUGCAGCGAGGCAGAGCGAGGGGGAUCACGUCCCCCACCCUCGGCACGUAACGCCCAGUUCUCUUCCUCUCAUCUUCCCGCCAUCACAACCUCUCCCCCUAACACUACAAUAACCACUCCAACCACCACUACCACCACCACCACCACUUCCGGCGAGCGCAGUCAGUUCUGCAGCCUGACGGUGGUUUCCCCGGGGCGCCAUGACUGUUCCUACUUCUCUGGCGUGGUGGUGAGCGUGGAGUACUUGCCCGAGGACUCUGGCCACACUUCCCCCACACAACAAUACUUCUACAGCCAACACUUCCCCCAGCAGCAGCAGCAACAAGGGUCUCAGCAGUCCUCGCUGGGAUCCCAGCAGUCAUCGCAGCAACAGUCUCUGCGUCGUCAAAUGAACAAUAACCGCCUGGGGCCGCACCAGAAUCACAUCCAUUGUUACCAAAGCAGCACGAGGCCCCAUCCCACUUGGGAUCCCUCUGCUUCCUCGCUGCAGCGCCCGCGGGAGCAGAAGUGGAACAGCAGCUGGCGCCUUGGUAGCCUCGACAACAGCGGCCAGCAUUCCAGCGCCCACGCCUCCAGCACCUCCUCCAACGGUACCAGGAAGAAGCGUGCCGCCGGUGGUGGCAGCGGUGGGGCGGGGAGGCGCGUGGAGAGCAGCGUCAACCUGGUGAAGGAACGGAAGGCGGCGCGGCAGCUGGGGGUGAUUGUUGGGGCGUUCAUGGCGUGCUGGGUGCCCUACUUCACCCUCUUCCUCAUCAUGGCGAUGUGCGAGACCUGCGUGCCUGCACAUGUGCACACCGCUACCAUCUGGCUCGGCUACCUCAACUCGGCGCUCAACCCGGUGCUCUACCCUCUCUGUAACCACAACUUCCGCCGCGCCUUUGCCAGGAUGCUACGCCUGCCGCCCCGCAAGCCCCCAACGCAGCCCAACGCCCAUAGACUCCCCACCAUCGCUGCCCGUCACUGACCCUACGGCAGCCCACACUGACACACACACACACACACACACACACACACACACACACACACACACACACACACACACACCUUUAUAUAAGCUUAUACGUAUUUUCAUGUGUACUUCACAACCCUCACUGCCGUUCUUCAUUUGCCUCUUAAUUAAGUGUACAGUGUGUCUAGGGGCAUCUCUGUGUGUGUGUGUGUGUGUGUGUGUGUGUGUGUGUGUGUGUGUGUGUGAUACUUCAUAGAAUCACUUCUACAGUAUGAUUGCCAAGUUCCUUGACCGAAACUUGGUGUAAUCUCAUGCCACGAUGACGAGGUUGAGUGUCCGUGCCUGAACGGGAAGCUGCCUUGUGGAUCAUCCUGAGGCUUGAGGACCGUCCACAUCCGAGAGGGUGUGGUGGGUCGGGCAAAGACUGAGUGAAGAAAAAUAAUAAUAAGUGUGUACACGUGUGCGCGCGUGUGCAUACGCCCGCGAGCACGCCCGCCAAAGCCCCCUCUCCUCCCAUGUAACCUUUUAACCACCCUCUCACUGCAGUCACCACCUCUGUCUCCUUCCCAUUCAACUCGUGCGACAUAGUGCCUGAAU